AUGACGCCCAUCCAAGAUGCCACGCCGAAGCCCCCAAAGUAUCCAGCCGACCUGGACACGUCUAUAGUACUCCCCAAGCAACGAGCAUCGCCCGCCUCCUCUCUGGCAUCCCUGCCUUACCGGACAUCGAACCCAUCGCUGCACAAGCUGUUUGAAUCCACGGCCUCGAUAUCGACAUCGCGACCUAGCUCGGGCAGCGCAACGCCGACUGCCUCUGUAAUACCUGGUUCUGUCUUCUCUCCAGGCUCAAGACAGAAUGGCACAGGCACGCCAAGCAGCCUACCGCCGGGGGUGUCCGACGAGCAUAGGACCCUCAUACAGCAGGCAUAUGCGCCGCACGUCGUGGUCGUGGCGGACAAUGAGACAGAGGAAUUGAUACGUGGCAAGGGAUUAGAUGGCGGAUUGCUACAACUCCUGCGGCCGUUCGGAGAAUCAAUAUCUGGCAAGGUCACAAUACGAGACAGCGUUGGGGCCAGCAAGAGCUACGAGGAUUUUGGUGUACGGUUCGUGAGCAUGGACGAAGUCUUGGGUCGUCCUCCGGUGUCUGAACGGCCACUGCCACAGCAAAACCCAGCCAACGGACAAGGAGACCAAGGAAGAGCGUCCACCACAGCAAUAAGACCACGACCCGUGGGCGGCGAUGUUGCAGAGGUGGAGGAGCUGGUGGACCGCCAUUUGCAAUAUACCGAGUUCAACGCCCAGGGCUCGGUGCCCGACUACCUGAACCGGGGCGAACCAGCUGCCCAGGAGAGCGGCAGAUCUCCCUUCUAUACAUUGUACUUGCGACGGCUGCUGUCAGGCCUACCGAUGGUUCCUCACGAAACAUUCGCGCAUCCAGUUGUAGGCGUCAUUGCAACGAGUUCACGAAGCGCAGCCCCGGUGGAAGAGCUUCGAGAUUUGUAUAACAGACAGCAUCAGGGCGAUCUCCGCGUUCCGCAAUGGGUGGACGGUCUGUUCUUGCGGUACUAUGUAUUCAUCCACGAGGAGGAGUCCGGAGACAUUGCGAAAUCCAACACAACCUUCGAUUCUAUGAAACGACACUUCGGGCUCAAUUGCCAUCUGCUACGACUGAAGGGCCAGCAGUGUAUAUCCUCUGAUGACGAUGCUGUACGAUUACCAAGUUGCGAAUGGUUGUCCGCCUCGGAAGAACUGGCGGAGAUACAAAAGCAAGAAAGUGCCGACGAAUUUACUGACCCCACUCCCCAUAUACCCGAUUCAGACGUCACUGCCAUACGAACCUUCGUUCGCGAGCUUGUCGCCCAAUCUAUGGUCCCGCACAUGGAGCGCAACAUUCACCAAUGGAAUGAGCAAAUCCUCGCCCGCCGUCGUGGUCUAUCCGGUCGCUUCAUGUCUCUCUCAAAACGUUGGACAACCUUCGGCUCCUCACGCUCAAGCUCCGCAUCUACUAUCACCCCCUCAAACACCAACUACGACUCUGCCGGAGGCUUUUACCGCCCAGACGCCCCUGAAGCCUUGAUGCGGAGGCUUGCCGACUACUGCUUCAUGUUGCGCGAUACCAAGUUGGCACUCAGCACAUACGAGAUCCUGUGUACGGAUUUCAACAACGACAAAGCAUGGCAACACUACGCUGGCGCCGCUGAGAUGGCUGCGCUCUCCGCGCUCCUCUCACCCGCCGCACUCACCGCCAAGAUCCGCACCGAGAAGAUCGAUGAAUGGAUCAGAUCAGCAACGUACAGCUACACCGACCGCCAACGCUCCGCAACCCCCUUCUACGCAUUACGGACACUCGCCUUGUCUCUAGAGUUGUUACGGCUACGCGGCACUUCUGCCACUGACGACGCCGCCCGAUGGGGUUCCCGCAUUCUGGAGUUGAACCUUGUGGGCCCCAUCGGCGCCGCCUUAUUUACAGAGCGCAUAUCAGCAUGCUUCUCCAUCCGGCCCGGCCUCGGCGUCCUCAAGCUGGGCUCAAGACGCCGCAAAGCAGCCUUCUGGUCUGUACUCGCUGCCCAAGAGUGGUGGCGCCAGAACAAAGCCCUGCAGGCGGAGAAGUGCCUUGACGCCGCGCUGCACCUGUAUGGUGCGCGUACUGAGAGCACAGAAGGAGGACCAGUGCGCUUGCCAUUCGACGACAUGCAACACUUUGUUGAUGAGUUAAGACAGCAGAUUCUUGGGCUGCGACUUGCAAAUCGCGGACUUGGCGAAGAUGAAGAGAUUGGGGAAGCACAGCAAAGUAUGCUAGUUGAGGAGGCGACGGAGACGCUGGAUGCAAGCCCGCGAGCCCACCGCAAGAGUCUAGUAGGUGCCGUGGCGCCGAAUAUUGACGCAGGCCCUUUGAGUCCAACGCUGGAGAGGACGCCUGAGAAAGACGAUCUAUUUGAGGGAGCGGUGUAA